AGACGUCCUUUACACAGGUCCUUAAAGGGUGGUGUUCGUAUUAAACAUAUAGGUGAUAUUUCGAAGGAGGAAAUGUUGUGCUCUGAAAGGACCUUUUGCGAUCCAUUCAAGCCAACAAGUUUGGAGAGAAUGUAGAAUUUAAUCAAUUCAGAGCGUCGAGAUGGAGCCCAACUCACUCAAGUGGGUAGGCUCGUCCUGCGGUCUACAUGGACCGUACGUUUUCUACAAAGCUUUUAGGUUUCACCGGGACGGCCGAACAAGGAUCUUGUCCCUGGGAGAUUUUUUCCUUGUCAGAUGUCAGCCUGGGGAUCCUAUUUGCAUAGCAGAGCUCCAGCUGCUGUGGGAAGAGCGAACGACCCAGCAACUUUUAUCCAGUUCCAAACUUUACUUUCUUCCCGAGGACACCCCAAAUGGAAGAAAUGUCAGUCACGGAGAGGAUGAGGUCAUCGCAGUAUCAGAGAAAGUGAUUCUCCGGUUAGAGGACUUGGUGAAAUGGACGGUAUGGGAUUUUUCAGGAUGGGCACAGGGAAAGCAGACAGUGCCUUCCAAAGUUCCCAUCCUGAAAGAACUGGACACCAAUGGGGGCAAUGGGCCUCACCUCCACAGGGGCAAAGACCCCUCUCCCUCGAGUGGCCUGAACUUCAAAGAUGUCCAGAGAGAGAAGGCACAGAUCGGUGAGGAUGAGGAUGAUAACAGAAGGACAAAGGUGCUGGUCCUGAGUUAUCCGCAGUACUGCCGUCACCGCUGUGUUUUGGCGCGCCUGAGAGGCCACCCUGCGGGGCCCCUCUCGGAGCGAGUGAUCCGAGCUCUUGGCGGACUGGUGUCCCUAAAGGGUGACACCAGGGUCCUGUACUGCAAAGAGACAUUCCAGCACCCCACCCUCGGACACAACGAGAGUGUCUGUGACCACUUUGCUCCAAAUUUGAAGGGGCGGCCCCGGAAGAAGAAGCUCUCCAUUUCCCAGCGCAGGGAUUCUCAGAACCAUGAUCACACCCAGACCCAAACCCUUAAACAGUCCCCACAAACCACCAGUGAGUCUAACAGUCCAGAACCCAAACUUCAGAUCAAGGUGAAAGCAAACUGCAGAACUGUGAUGUCCAGACCCAAGAAUGGAGGGAUAGGAAAACGGGCAUCUACAGAAGAAGGGACAGGAGAAACACAAGAAAAAGGUGAUGCUGGAUCAGCAGAGGAAUGUGGAACUGAAGAGCAGGCCUUUCUUGUAGCACUGUACAAAUACAUGAAAGAGAGAAAGACUCCCAUUGAGCGGAUUCCCUAUUUGGGCUUCAAACAGAUAAACCUUUGGACUAUGUUUCAAGCUGCACAGAAGCUAGGAGGAUAUGAGAUGAUCACAGCUCAUCGGCAAUGGAAACAUGUGUAUGACGAACUGGGAGGAAACCCAGGAAGCACCAGUGCUGCUACCUGCACACGCAGACACUAUGAGAAAUUAUUGCUGCCUUAUGAAAGGCAUACUAAAGGUGAGGAUGAUAGGCCUCUGCCCAUGGGCAAGACCCGAAAGCAUGACCCUGGUGAAGUUACUGAAGGAGGGAGAGUCAGGGGGUUGGCAAACAAACGACCCAAAACAGGACAGAGCCAGGAGCAACUCAGCAGAAGAGAUAAAGACCCACACUCAACAGUAAGUAGUGACAGCAGUGAAAACUGGACCACUCAAGAGUCUGUGCAGGUCAAAGGGGAGCAAAGAAACAUAAAGGGAGAGGAGGAGGAAGAGGAGGAGCUACAACUGACUGUUAAAAAAGAAAUGACUCUAAAUGACAAGAAUCCUCUUCCUCAUCUGCAUCACCAUGACAACAACUCACCCAAAAUAACUGAAUGGGACAAUCAGGCCCACUUGGAAAAUCCGGUGCUGAACACUCUGGGAAAAGUAACUGAUAGAGACCGACCCAAUGGAAUGGUUCCCAAAGCCUCUUCACUUUCAUCUUACCCCAACUGGCAAUGCACCAAGCCUGGGCACAUUUCUCCUCUCCCCUUUGGUACUGUGGAUGCACCAGUGGCCAGAGAGACUCAGCUCCAUGGAGAUGUGGUCGGCUUAACAGCAUCAGCAGUCAAACCAGGCCUCCCAAAUCAAGAUGGUAUUGUCUCUGGUCUUCAGACAAAUAACACAGCUGCUUCUAAUGGAGGUGAGGUGUGUGGCACCCCCCUGAAUACAUCGUUGCAUCCAAAAAUAUAUCCAGGGGUCAUGUCUCCUCUUGCUAAGAAGAAACUGUUGUCUCAGGUGAGUGAAAGAGGGCUGACGGUGGACGAUUGUACUUUUGUUCCUCCUUUCCCUCCCUCUGCCACAAUGAGGAAGAGCACUGUGUCUGGAGCCAGCUGCUCUGAGGAUCCAGUCAAGCAGCGGCUGAAUGAUUCCUCCAGCCCAGAGACGGCACUACUUACCAGGCCUUCCGUUAUCCAGCAUGCCCAUAAGCUUAAAAAACAUUGGAGCUCUGGUGAGUCCAGGGCUACAGGAGAGCCAGGAAGGCCAGACACAUUCUCACAAAAUGUUUCUCAGCUUCAGAGUCCCUUCCAGUCUCACCCACACGCUCAGCCCCUAAGGAGCUCCAGUCGGGACUCAUUCCUACACAGGAUGGAAGCCCAGGGGAGCAGAGAGGAACCUGGGGAAAAUCACAAAGUUCCACCUCUUCAAGAGCCUGUUUAUGUAGGUGACUUUUACUCCUCAUCUUUCAUGCACAACCUUUAUGGACAUGCAGGGCACCAAAUCAGUAAAACUUACACUCCAGGGUACCUGAACAGAGAAAAUCAGGCUAGAGGGAGUGACAGGAACUGUAAGAAUCUUGCACCAAAACCAUGUGAUGCCACCCAGAUUUGCUACACACCUCCUCCACUGGGUGAACAGAACAGAGCAUCACCACAGGACACACAAUUUGUGGAUGAACCAACAGAUCUUAGCCUUCCCAAGAUCUCUCAGCCUAAACCAUUAAUGUGUGGCCCUCACCGACCCACAAUACUCUGGGACUCAAUGGCAAACUCUGUCUCUUUGAGUGGACAGCCGGUAGUACCUGGUAUACCAGGCACCCCUAAGAAACUUGCCCUUGACACCUCUCAGAAUCUUGGGGGAUGGAGUGAAGGAGGUAACACAGGACACAAAGUGAAACAGGACAGGGGGUACUCUACAGAGGAGGUGAAAACCACCUCUCAGUUAGCAGGAGCUGCACGUCAUCUUAAACGCUCUCUAGAAGAGCCCGGAAAUGCAGUAGUGCCUGACAGGAAGAUUCGGGCAGUAUCACCCUUGCCAGCAUCCCGGGACUGGGGAAGCAGUGUUUCUCAGACUGCAGAGCCAGAGGUAGAGACAGUCAAGUCUGCUGAACCUGCUGUCCAUCUCAACAGCUACACUUCAGAUGGGCAUAAGUACCCCUUGCCCACACCCUUACUUGGAGGGCUUUAUCCAGCAGGGACAUUUGCAGCACAUGAAGUGUGUGAGAGGGGGUUGAGUCUAGCCUUGGCACAGCCUCACCCAUUGGCACUCCUGAAGGGCCAAACCACAAUGUCACCUUUAAUGGCUUCCCCUUUCACCUUGAAUGCACUGAUGAUGCAAAGACAUCUCCUCAGUACCCCGCAUCAACUCUAUCGUCCUCUACCAAAUUCAGUCACUCCAUACAGAGACCUGCUAUCUCAUGGACUGUAUUCACUCUCCCCCCUAAACCCACACCCACCAUACACUCCCCUACAGCUGCCAUCAGUACAGCCAGGCACCAAACUCUAAAUCCUCACCCCUCAGGUCACAAAGUCAUUAAUUUACCUUCCUUAUAUGAAUGUACAGCCCACAUCUCCUCUAUUUAAAAAGAUAAUCAGGCUCCCUCGCUAAUGACACAUGAAAUCAGGUGUUUUUUUGUUGAAGGCAUUUCUGCACCCCUGAACUCAGACAUGAGCGGGUCAACCACAGUGGGGUCAGUCCUGCACAUUAACCGAUUUUGAAGAUUUUGUCCAGAAACAUGCACAACUGUUUGCACAUUAAAUUAUAUCUGGACAAUUAAAGUUUCAUCUUGCUCACUCAACGUUUAUUGUAGUCGAAUACUUGCAUGAGUGUCCUUUGAAGACAAGGCAGGAAAAAGGGUUUCAAAAAAUCUGAUCACAGUCCAUUAAGUUGGAUGAAGAAUAAUGAAUUCUCAAAGGACUGUGAGAGAACACAUAACUGGUGCUGUUUUUUUUUUGUUUUUUUUUUGCAACACUACCACUGUACAUCACAGAGCUGCCAUAAGUGUCUAUAUGAGGUUUACAGUCAACAGAGUUAAUUUAAUCUGU